AUGACGCUGGCUUUCGAGCAAGAGGGAUUGCUAACCGGCUGGAUACGGUCAUGCUGGGCAUGUUUUUACCCGGGGGAGGCUGGCCAAAGUGGUCUGCGAGCUGAGAAUAGAGGUGUCGAGCGGGAGAUGCAAGUAUGCCAUAGCCAACCGCAUCUGGUUCCUCCCAUGAAGCUGGUGGUGUACGAAGACCUCCCAAGCCCGAGAGUAUAUCAUCAGCAGCGCAACUCGCUGUCCUCGUGGAUCUCGGAUGGAAGAAACUUGGCCUCGCGGGCAUCUACUCGGGCGAGCAUGUCCUGGAAGAGACAAUCCACAGUGCCGUUAAAGAUCGGUGCUCCAUCGGAUUUCCGCAGAGUCGACUCUUUCUCGUUCCAGCCUCCUUCUUUGCCGAUGAAGUAUCAGCCCCUCGAGCUGAGUAUUUACCGGUCGGGUAACCGCCUGUCAGACUUGCCCGAAUUUGACUCCUUCGAUUUUGAUGAGGACCGUCAUCGCCAGAUUCUGGCUGUACCUCCGCGAGCUCUCUCUCCAAGUAGAGUUCCAGCCCAACGCUGCCAGUCAGCCAACCCGAGAGUAUCCAUGUCUCGCAAGCCUGUCGGUUCUGGAAACCGCAGGUCAUUCGGACAUUCCGAGAACGUGGCCGAACCAGCCGAGCCGGUUCGCAUUGCCAAUGCUUUGAUCCCCCAUUUCUCUGUCUUUACACCAGUCAAGACUCUUUUGUCGGAGGGAGAGUUGAUCCCUGCUGCCACGCAUGUCAGGCCCGAAAAAUCGGAAGAAAGCCAACUCACGCUAGACACCGAAUGGCCCGACCAUGUAAACGACGAACAGGUGUUCAUGGAUACAGAGCCCAAAACUCCCCUUCCUACAAAGGAUGAUGAAGAAACUUCCGACGAUCCGUUCAGCGAAUUUUCAUUCCAUAAGGAUUCUCCGUCGUCCGCCAGUUCACGCACGAUGCCAUCUCGGAUAUCAUCGCUGCAUCGUCCCAUGACGGCUGACAAUCGCAACAUUAUCGCCUCAAUCCCUCUGCCCAACCGCGUGACCCAUUGGUUCUUCCCGAACAGCCCUCCUUCUCCCAAGCAAGUCUCUCUCGCUGAUGAGGAUGGAUUUUCAUGGGAAAGAGCACGGACUUUGAGCGGCAGCACUGUCGCUUCAACAGUCACUACUACCAUCACUGGUGGUGUGCAGACCCGAAAUCAUAAGGCUUCCAUCUCUAGCACUUUCACGAGUGACACGACACCGCGAGCCUCGAUCCAUGUCACUUCGCGGUCGGGGGACAAGGACUUCGAGGCUAUGUGCAACCACCCUACUAUCCCCGAGGGUCGACCCCAACACUAUCCUCAUGUGCCUUGCAAAGGCCAACCUAUUCGAUACAAUGACUCCACUGUUGGGUUGGCUUUCUAG